AUGAGCUCAACAGCCCUAGAGGGCUGGACCUUCAAUGAUAACUCCCGCUCCUCCUGGGAUAUUGUCUGGACAUGUCUGACUACCAUCUUCGCGUGCACCUGGACGGUUCUGCACAUGUCGGUGCCUCGGCGCAACGGCUCGGAAGGCCUGAUUCUAGCAGGCAAGCUGAUACUUUGGACUAUCGCGCUCUUCGCGCCAGAGGAAAUUGUGCUGAUCACUUCGGGAGAGUUCUGGCGGGUCUGGUCUCUGCGAGCGGGCUGUAACGUAGCGCAGGCCGCCAGUGGUAGCCGCACAGGAGAGCUGGACAGCUUGCUGUAUCUACGCACCAAGCCGCUGGCAGAGGUUACACUUGCGGCCGGAUGCGAGGACCGGGAGCUAAAGCUGCCACCCGUCCCGGCGCGGUGGACGCUUGCGCAGUGCUGCGACUUUACCGAUCGCGAGAUCAAGGACCACGCAAAGGCAGAUACCUUGGCGAAGACCUUCACUGUCUGCCAGAGUGCCUGGGUCACGGCCAACAUCGUCGCGCGUGCCGGGUACGGUCUACCCAUUACGACAAUCCAGUUCGCGACGCUGUCGCACGUCGUCUCGCCAAAUGAGCCCGUCAGCGCAGAGUUUGCUCUUAUCGGCAGCAAUAUGCUCCGGAUGAUAGUCGACGGGUCGGCCUCGGGCGUCAUGAGGAGGGAGUUUCGGGGGCUGAGUCUAUGGGAGGAGUGGUGGCUGAACACGUUUGCCGGGCUUGCGGCUUUUUUGUUCUGCGGUAUCCAUCUGGCUACCUGGAACUUUUCAUUUCCUACGGACGCCGAGGCAAUUGCCUGGCUGGUUUUCUCGCUCGUGGCUCUGGCGACGCCGGUCAUCAUAUAUCUCGUCAGCCAAGCAGCGCUGGUGGCACGGUGGUUGAAAGGCAGGGGAGUCCCAUUGCCUUCCUUUCUGGAUGGAUUUCCUGAGCCCCAGGGCAAGUUCUACAUGUUUGAGAUAUAA